AGCAGCGCGGCUCGUGUCUGGAGACGUUUCCUGGCGUUUUCAUUGGACUAAACCAUCUGUCGCCGUUUCAUUUUUUGACAAGGUGAGGCGGAAGCGAGGAAUCCACCUGCUCGAUGGUUCACCUGAAAACAACCUAAACUAUGCUGUUCAAGAUGCAUGGGAAAUAAAGCCACGCAGUGAAUGUUGGACCCAAUGAAAUGGACCCGAGUUGAUGCCCCAAAGCCAGAGUCCGCCCUCACUUUGCCCUGCUGGUCACGGGUAGAGAUGGCAGCGUGUCUGGAUGUGCUGGUCAUGCCUGGAGUUUUGGUCAGGAGUGUUUUACUGCUGGUACUGAGCAGUAAUCCUGUGUGGGGGAACUAUACUACGCUUACAAGUGACACCCGUUCUAAUAACACUGCUGGACCCAACAUCGCAGCUAUCGUGGCCCCCACGGUGACGCUGGGUGUCCUGGCCAUCGCGUUGGCCGUGCUCGGCUGGCUCCUCUGCGUGGUGAAAAAGAGGAGACAGACUGAAGGGACGUACAGACCCAGUGCGGAGGAACAGUCUGGUGCAUGCAGCAUGGCGGCACCAGAUGCUCUAAAGUUACCAAAGGAGGAAAGACUCAUUUGAGAUUGUGUGCUUUUUAUGUUUUUAGAAAAUCCCGUACGGACAAAAAGCUGCACGCGUUUGCAUAGCAUCGCUCCCUGAGCUGGUCAAAGAUAGAACAAUCUCAAAAAGGUUGAAGAGAGGACAGAUUUGAGCUUUUAUUUCAACAAGCACUGAAUAGUUCCUGCAUGGCACCAUGAAAAAAAUGCCUUUGGAUGUCUGGAUCGAGCCCAUUUUAAGAACAAUUGAACAUUUCAAGGAGGUUUUGAACAUUUCCUCCGCACCAAUGAUGCUUCAGUAUUUUAUCACCACUAAUAAUAUUAGUUUAGAUAUGUUUAUCUUGUUUCAGUUGCCACUUACCAUGUACAAGUACUUGAUUUGAUUCAGUUUAUUAUGAAAUACUCUUCACUGACAAAAUCAAUACCAAUCUUUUACCUCAAACUUAUUUUUUGUUUUUUCUACUGAGUCCAUUGUAUCUUAAAUCAACACGUUUCUCAGCCUAAUGAUGAGUGCAAUUAAACAUAUUACAGUACACAAACUCAAUUGAUUUUAUAAAGACAGAUGUACGUUGAAAACAAGGUUAUACUGAGCAAUUGUUUACACUUCAAGUACUCUAACUAAUUUAAAGUCACGUUCUUUUCAGCAGCACUGCAUAACAUGAG